GAAAUGCUUCCAGGGGAGCAGGUGGGUAUGGUUCUUAAUCACAGGGGACACAAUGGUCAGGGAACAGGUUUAGCCUUCAUGCCAGUGGUGCUGCUUUACAUUCUCCCAUACAAGUUAAUGAUUCACUUAUUCACUCAUAGGGCAAAAGGUAAAGCACUAUAUUGGCAGAACAGUGUUGUAUGCUUAAUAGAGCCUGCCUUCCACUCUUGUCAUUAGCUUAGAUUGCAUGAUAUCCAUUGACUAGGAUCCUUGAGAGAGGAAAGAACGGCUUCCACAUAGAAUAUAGCCAGCAGAUUAUACCAUAUUUACCUGAAUCAAAGAGGAUUCUGAAUUUAACAUGACCUCCUUAAAGAACUGUUUUUACCCGAAUCCAAGACUAGAUUUCCCCCCAGGUUCUUUGCUGUUAGAAAUGGGGGAAGGGGCCCCUCUUAAAUUCAGAGUCUUCUUCCUUUCAGUUUAAUGCAGGUAUACCCGUCUUGUAUUCUAGUAAAUACGGUAGAGGUUAAAUAAGGCUAUACUUGCUAUAAGGCUAUUUAUUCAGAAUGAACAGGACUCUGAAUUUAAGAUGACCUUCUGAAUUCUAAUAUUAAACUUGGGAAAGAACUAUUCUUGGAUUCAGAUAAAUAUAGUAUUGAAAUGCUUGACUAACAAGCAGAAGGUUGCCGGUUUGAAUCCCCACUGCUACUAUAUUGGGCAGCAGCGAUAUAGGAAGAUGCUAAAAGGCAUCAUCUCAUACUGCGCAAGAGGAGGCAAUGGUAAAUCCCUCCUGUAUUCUACCAAAGAAAACCACAGGGCUCUGUGGGCUCCAGGAGUCGAAAUCGACUGGACGGCACAUUUUACCUUCAUCUUGCUAGAGGAUGGGAUCAGAUUAGUGCUCGAGGAGAUGAAAGCACUGUAUGAACAGAACCAGAGUGAUGUCAAUGAAGCCAAGUCAGGACGUGGUGAAUUGAUUCCAACAAUCAAGUUUCGUCACUGUUCUUUGCUGAGAAAUCGAAGAUGUAUCCUUGCAUACCUGUAUGACCGCUUACUUCGUAUCCGUGCGCUUAGGUGGGAAUACGGUAGCGUCUUACCAAAUGCUGUCCGAUUUCACAUGUCAGCUGAAGAAAUGGAGUGGUUCAAUCAAUAUAAAAAGUCUUUGGCUACCUAUAUGAGAUCUUUAGGAGGAGGAGAUGGACUCGAUCUUACACAGGAUAUUAAACCCCCCAAAAGCUUGUACAUUGAAGUUCGCUGCUUAAAAGAUUAUGGAGAAUUUGAGAUUGAUGAUGGCACAACUAUUCUUCUGAAGAAGAAUAGCCAGCAUUUUUUACCACGUUGGAAAUGUGAGCAGUUAAUCAGGCAAGGAAUUCUGGAGCAUAUCCUAUCAUAAACGGUUAAGAUCUGCAGGUGGACUCUUCUGAUUUAGUACCAUAAACUAAAUGUAUUUUAGCAGAUUUUUAAUUGGAGUUAAGCAGCAAAGGAUGUCACAAUGACUUCUCGCCUUUGGAAAACGCAAGGAAAAAGCUUCAAGUUACUGUUUUGGAAACUAUAUGGAUAAUACCUUCUGAACAAGCAAACAGUUUUAGAAGGCCACUUUCCUGAAACAAGUGGGUUUUCUUUAAGUUUGUAGCUGUUGAGUACCUUUGCUUCUGGAUACUUCGUAGGCCUCCAGCGGCAUGUUUUUGUUCCUGCUCGGUGCAUGAAGGACAUUGUUACUGUAAACAUUAACAAAUGUAAGCCUUUCGGUGGUAAUACUUUUAUAUGCUGUGUGAAAUUUUGCCAAUGACUUUUGUAUAACACCUGUAAUUUCUAUAGUAGAUCAAUGUUUUUAUGGCUUGGCAUGGUUGCUGGUUUCUCUACUAGCUUUUACUCUAGCCAUUUCAUCAAGUUUCUUGUGACAGCUAUAAUGGGUCAUUUUCCUAAAUGAGUUAUCAGUAACAACUCUUAAGAAGUAGUCCACAUGCAUGCAGUCAGUAUGUACGGAUUAUAGUUGGACAGUGCUACAUCACAGCCCUUUCCCUUGUCGCAGAGCUCAGUAGUCCUGUCAGGCUGAACAUCUAUUAUUUAUGCAGCACUGUUAAAGAGAUACCAAGUGCUUCAUAAAAUAUUGCAUUGCAAUCCUGCCAACAACCCUGUAAGCGAGAUAUUCUAUCUCUGUUGUGAGGAAGGAACACAGAGGCUUGGCUAAAGGUCACUCUAAGUGAGUUUUCGUGGUGGAUGGCGUGUGUGUGUGUGACUUCUUAUAGGCUCAGGUUUUCUAGAAAUUAUACUGUACCAGCUCACCCAUGAAAGAAAGGGGAGGAGACUCUUCUGCUUUUUCUCCAAUAGGUAGUUUUGCUUUGUAGUCUUUUUAAAAUUUUGAAUGGAAUGUUGCUGUAAUGUUGAUGAAAGGACUAAUUUUGUAGUCUCUACCAGUCCCAUGAUUUUAGGCUUCACUGCUGCCACCAAGUAGACUUUUAUAUUUUCUCUUGCUGAGCCUACUGAAACAGCAAAUCUCUUGUUUUACUGAAAACAUUUCCAAACCUCUGUUUAGGUAAACAUGGGUUGGGGAAGACAGAUAAUUAAAUUCAAAAAGAGAAAUUUUACUCUAGAACUGUUCAAUUCAAGUGGUAGUUCUUUUGGAAAACUUUGUAUAAAGAGGCAGCAACCACAUGAGCACAACGAACAAAUAAAAUUUGAGAAAAAUUCA